CCGAGACACACCCUCGCUUCCCCUGGUCACACCACAGCCAGCGCAGGCUGUUAAGGAUGUUACUUCUGGGAUUUGGAAGCUGUUUAAACAGGGACCCGCAGAAAAGCGUUUUGUUUUAAAUGUUAUUUCAGACGUGUCAAACUGCUUCAGGGCAUGGCUUUGGUAUGUGAGUUUUGUUAAUGCAUGCAUUUUGUUAAUGCAUGUUUGUUAAUAACGUAAAAGAUUGCAUUAAAUAGACAUAGCAAAAUUAGUGUGAUGGCCCGGGAUGCCCUAGUCGCUUUCUUGAGUGUUCAUGACAGCUUUAUCCAUUUAAUGUUAAGUCUUUAAGCCUAAACUGAGUGCUUAAUCGUAGUUUUAUUCAAACACUCUCGGGUAUAAGAACUGGUUGUAAAAAUAUGGAGGAGCCAACAGCAGGGAAUGUGAUUGAGUCCAACAAUGUGUGUUUUCUAGGGUCCUAGGUCGCUUUUUUAGAAUGGGGUCAGUGGACCCCAUUCUUUUUGUGCCAUACUUGGGGAAUUUUAAGGCGAUGAGUUGUCUUGUAAAAACAAUGCUCCAUUAUUUUAGUCUGCUUGGGUGUUAUUUUCAAGGGUACGUUGCCUUUGCUACCUGUUAGGAUGACUUCUGAGAAAAUAGUGAUUAAAAUAACCGUUAUCUAAGGGAACUUGUAGUUUAAAAUGUUAACCGGUUUAUCAUUUUUUGGCCUUUGGUGCAAAAUACACUUUUGUAAAACUGCUUGAAUUAACUUCUUUAUUAAAUAUCCGAAUUCCUCGUCCCCCUUUUGUUGAAAAGGAGCCAAUGCGGCGUUAAUUCUAGUGAAUGAGAAUUAUGAACUUCACAUGCAUAUUAAAAUAUGUCAUAUUUCCAAAACUUUUCUGAGUUUUUCCUGGCUAUUACGUAUUUAAUGUUCAAUUACUUAGUAACAGUGAGCAUCUCCUCUCAUUUCUCCUUACACACUGUGGUCGUUUGAGCCAGUGCUGUUUGUUCCGAGUUAGCUAAAAAUGUAAUGCCCCUUACAGAGUGAAAACACCUGCAGAAUUUUCAGAUGGAAUGAUCAGGGCAUUGUCUUGAGUGUAGUAGAUUAUUGCAGUGAAUUGCAGCAGGGAAGGAAGAUGGAAACCUAAUCCAGACUGCUUCAUUUCUUAAAAUUACUAUGAGACUUUUUCUUUAAUAAUUAAUUUUUGGAUUCAGUGAGGUGUAUAAACUCAGAUGAUGAUGUUUAAGAAGAAAUGCAAUUGUGAAACGUUGAUGUAUCCCAAAAUAGAAGUUUUAGGGUAAAGUUUGAAGAAUAUUUUAACAUUAUUGCAGUUUUCCUUUAGGCCAGAAAAAACAAAAAACCUCACAAAAACCUACCCCUUGAAGCCUAUAGUACAAAUGACAGUGGUAGCUUAGUGGAUUUGAUAUUAUCUAGAUACUCAACAAGAGCUUUAUUUAUUUUUUGCCAUUUUGGAGUCUUAUAAAUUAACUCUUCAUUCUGUAGCAAUUUUUACUUUCUCAUGUAACUCUUUAAAAGUUUGGACAUCUUUGGGGUAUUUUUUUUUACUAAGAGUUUAACUUUGAAAGAUUUUGGAGGAAAAGUUUUUUUCACACUUACAUAACAAUUUUCCCACUUUCUUAGUAUUAUGAGUAACAUGUUAAAGUUAUAUUACUCAAAAAGCUAACCAAAGGAAAUCAGAAUUCUAGUCAUCCCUUUUUUUUUAAAGUGAGUGCGUCAGUAUAUUAUUUGUAGAUUCUUAAUUCAACUUGUGUGAAAUACUAAUAAAUUUUCCUUAUUUGAAUGCUUAAUGUUUGCCAUAGAACUGUCACUGAUAUAAUGUAAAAAUGUUGGCACAUGUCUUGUAGGCAAUUAGAUUGAUGUGGCUUAACCUACUCUGUUUUUGUAGGUCUUAUAAAUGAUAAUAAGUUAUUAAAACCAGUUAGAAGAGUGCAAACCAAAAACUUACAAAAUGCUGUGAAAUUGUCAAGCUGAAUCUGUUUCCAAAACCCUGUACCAUUUAGCCAAAAAAAGCCUCCUUUUUAAUCUUUUGUAUCUUUAAGUAUUGGGAAGCAGUUUUCCAAAAUUCAGAUUUUUGCUUGAAAGUUUGAAUUUUAUCAUUGGCAACAAAUACUGUCAGUUUUUCUUGAAGUGUCAGGCUCACUUUGCUCAUUUUCGAGAAAAUGUAGGUCAGAUGCACAAGUUUAACCAUAGUUUUUCAGUUGUUCUUUCAAGUAAAAAUGAUGUUCCAUGAAAAAUGUGGCUUGUUGAGUCCAUACUGCAGCUAUCAAUCAAUUGCACAAGUGCUUCAGAUUUCUUAUUUAUGAGACAUAUCCAGAAGUAAUUAGGUUCUUAUAACUAGUUUUUAUUCGAUGUAUGUAGAUUUUUCUUGAAAUAAUAACUUCAAGAAAAUAAUUCAUAUUUUAGCCUGAAUUACAUCUUGGGGCAAAAUGUGUUUAUGACUAAAAUAUAUGUUGUAAGUACUUUUUAUGUGCCCUAAAAAGCGUUUCAAUUCUCCUCUGUUAAGAAAUUCCUAUUAAUCCUACCAUAUCAACCUGUUUGGUAAACUUUAAUUCUCUUUCCCUACUUGUUUUCUGUCCUGAGCCCUGUGUAUGUCAUGGGCCUUCUUCCCAGGUAGAUCUUCUGUCAUUUUAGUUCCUCUUCUUUGCCAUCUUGAGCAGAUACAUCACACAGUUGUAGGCAGUGUAAUCUGUUUAGUUUCCAGUGUUUUCAGAUGUUCCUCAGCAUUUCUGGACUAUUUGGGUCAACUACAGUGAGUUCCAUAGAACUCAAAGCUCAUUAUUUUCAAGGAACCAUUUUUCUUGAAGUGUCUAAUGCAUACAGGAAACACAGGGAUAGUCUUUACAUUAUAAACCUUAGUACUCAGGGAAACUGGAUGGCAGACACCUGCCCCAUCACCACACCAUAGGAAGUCCAUGGACAGAUUGCUCUAGCCCACCCCUAGAGGCCAGAGCCAUAAAUUAUUUCUUAUUCUGUGUCUACCUUUGUGCAUGAUUGCAAAGAUGAGUGCAGUUUCUCUCCAAGGUUUUGACUUGGCUGGAUUGAGAACAGAAUUGCAUUUAAUAGGAAACCUUUAUUAAUAUAACUUCCAAUAUAACGUAGUCAUUUUCUUGCUGUCAUAUCAAAGAUGAGCUGACUUACAAGUUCAUUCAACAAUAGGAGUGGUGCACCCAAGAGAGGCUGGACAUUGUUUGAGGUAUGGAAGAUAGAUGACUAAGGCUCAUUUUCUUCCGUCAUAGUACAAUGGGCUGAGCCCCAUAAAACUGCUGUAGUAAAUCCUUGGAAGGCAUGUGGUGGGAAGUGAGGGCUGGUUAAGGAUUUCCAGAGGAGAAAGUGGUUGAAAUGUAAUGGAUGAGAUUUAUCUGGACUGAGCAAAGGGAUCCUAGUCAGAGGGAACAGCAUGAGCAAAGCUUCUAGAAAAUGGGAGUAGCUCCAUCCAGCUACUGCUUAGGGCUUGGAGUGGCACAUGGGCCAGGUUAUGAAAGGUCUCUGGGGCUCCAGUGUCCAGCCAUGGUGUUCAGAUGCUUGAGGUCUCUAAAAUUCCUGGCAGAGAGAGACUGGUCUUUGUUCAUACAGCUUUAUCAAAGCUUCUGUGAUUACAAAAUAAAUUGAUAGUGCCUGUAAUCAGUGGGGCUAUAUAAUGGGAGGAGAUUACAUAACUUCCCUGGGAGUGGGGAUUUCACUGUCCAUUUGACUCACCAGAAGCCCUGACCUUUCCUAGACACACUGACGGGCUGUUUUGCUCUCUGGGUAGAGGUGAAAUCUGGUUGGGCCACUUUGGUCUGGCUUCCUCUGGGCCCUUGGAGGAAUUAUCUGGCUGAGUGCUUUGUUAUUUGGGCCUCCCUGGCGUGUGUGCCCUGCUGGGAAUGGUGGAGCUGAUGGCGAUGGGUAGUCAAAGUGUGGGGUCUGUGUGCAAGCAUGUGUGUUGUGGGAGAGGUAUCUUAGGUCCUUUCCUCAGAGUCCCUCUGGCAUUUUGGCUGGGGUUCUUCCUGGGCUAGCGCGGAAGGUAGCUAGUUAACCCUGCAGCUUUCUUGUCAUAGCCCUUUAGCCUCCUGGCCCUGGCAAGUGGGCCUGGCUGUGUUCUUUGGAGCUGUUAAUAGUCUGCUUUGUUUCAAAGGUCUUUCAGUUUUAUUCACCCAGUGCUCUGAUCUGCAUGGCCCAUUUCAGGAGUUCGGAUUUGGUAUCCGAAUAUCAUGGAGGGCCAUGGUAUUGGGCAUCUCUUUUUUCUGGGCCUCCCUGACUGGCCACAUGUCCCAUGCUUUUUUUGUCCUGUGAGUAACAGGAGAUGUCAGAAGUUUUGAAAGCGAUGCAGUCCAUUGUCUUAGAGUGACCCUUCUAGCAUGAAGGAUGGGUUAUAGGGGGCAAUGGACAAUAGAAGAUUAGAACUGUUGAGGUUGGUAGUUCAUCAGGGCAGAGUUGAAUGGAUGGGAAUAGUGGGUUUGAAGAAACAGGAACAGCUUUAACAUGAGGUUUGGAUUCUAGCUUAGACAUUCAGGUAGCUAUUAAUAGGGAGUAUAGAAAGUCACGUCUUUGGGAGGCUAUUUUGCUUUCAGAGAAAUUGAGUUGGGAUCCCUGUGUGAUAUCCAGGAAGAAUUAGUAGGUAGGCAGAUGAAAGUAAGGGCUUGCUGCCCGGUAGAGAGAUUUGAUUGUCUUCAUCAUGUAGGUGAAUGGUAUUUAUUUAUCCUCCAACACAUCUGAGUAAUAAAACUCACUUCUUCAGCUGGAAGUGACUCACUGUGUUACUUCCUCUGAAACAUGGAAUCACGGGUUAAAUUGGAAUACAGAGGAAGACCAAGUAUAGUUUGAAAGUAUCCGAUGGGAUUUGCUACCCUCCUUCUCACUCCCUAGCUUUGUUACAAGAGUCACUGGGUCCAUUCCACACUCAAGAGAUGAGAGAUGAGUUAGAGAUUGUUUCCACAGUCAGAUUGCCAUUCCUAAGUAGCAUAUGUGACUCAGCUAUAUCUCUUCAGUGUAAACUAAUCCAAAUCCCACGGCCUUGUGGGAAAUUAGGCAAUAUUGAAGGGAAACUCGAUUCAUUGAAAUCUGGCAAUGCUAACUGCUAUUUUUCACCUUAGCCUUCCUUUUACAAAUACAUUUGAAGUCUGUUAAACAAUGUGGCAGAGUGAGGCAGAGAUGUGUUUUUUUCUGCAGCAGUGCUUAUCAUUACUGCCUUUAAUGUUUAUUAAAGAUAAAAAUAGCCAUGUCUGUGAUUACUUUUAGAAGAGAAACUUCUCACCUACGUUUGUAGUGUCUGUGUGUAAUAGGUAUUCCAAACACUACUUGUAAUUUGGUUGGGACUAAAAUGCAUUUUCCUUUUGAGGCAGUGUGGUACACAGUAGUUAAUUUCCUAACCCGUCCUGUGGAAAGCCUGUUUCUCACAGGUUGUCCUGCAGGGCUUCUCAAGGCACUUGUCCUUCUGGGCCUCAUCUCUGAUGGUUCUAGCUGUGGCUUUUCCUCUCACCCUCAGAGCCCUUGCGUUUGCCCCCCUGUCCAAGGGCCCAAGGCCAGGGGAAACUUGGGCAUAGAAGCAUUGGUUUCUGGAGCCAGAGCUAUGAGCAGAGCAGCCCCAAGAGCAAAAUCCCAAAGAGAGCCCACCGCGUUGUCCAUAUUUGGAGAUCCAUGUCUUCCCUGCCACACCCCUGACCCCUUGCCAGUAGGGCUAGCCUUGUCUGUGAAAUGAGAGAAGGAAGGACAGGCUCUGGAAGAUGGCCACUUGCCUAAAGUGUCACACAUCAUUGUUGGAAGAGCUGAAAUGUACACCUUAGGAUUCCUGACACAUUCUACUGUGCCCGAGUUGAAGGAACUAAUUAUUUUUGCCCUGGACAAUGGAAGAUUUUGGGGAAAUACAAGCUCUCUUUUUUUCAGUUUGAAGGAAUACUGUAUAGACGAGCGAUGAAAUUUUUUGGAUAGCCUAAGUUAACAGUGAGGGUAAUUACAGUGAGGCAGAGUUGAGGCUUAUUGAAAAGAGAGAGAGAGAAAAAAAAAGACCAGUCUUCUAACUGACCUGCAGUCAGUGAAAUAAGUGGCCUUAUAAGUGCUCCUUUCCUUACACAUUGUGAGGUGAGGGUAGAUGACCGCCUCUUAAAGCUGUGAUUACCCUGGAGAGGGUGCUUUGUUUGGGAUACUGGACAGACCUCUUGGAUUCCCUUAAACACUGUUGCUCAGUGCUGUGUUUAUACUGUGUGCUUAGACUCCGCAGCACCCUGGCUUACCUUGCAAAAGGGCAGACCUGCUCCUCUACCUGUCCCCCACCCACACUGUCUUUUGUGACUCCUUUUCCCUUUCAAGCCUGCCUUUCAUGUUUGUCUUAAGUAGAAAUGUGGAGGUAGGAGGGGAGGCUGAGGUGAGACAUGUGUGAGGAGUGAUUUUUCUAGAGCUUGGGUUUCCUAGGUCGCCAUUGGGAGCUCCUCAGGCCUGUAUGUUUGCAACAUUCUUUUUCUAGUCCAUUUUCUUGGCCGCCUUGGACCAAGCUGGCUUUUGUCACCACUGCCUGAGCCUGCGGUUUGCCAGCCUAAGCUGGCUGUCCCCACCUCUUUCCCUUCCUCUUUUCUCCUUUCCCCUUGUCCCUCUGAAUCUGUUUCAUGUUUUCUUUUUAAUUCCUGAAGGACACGGUGAUUUAAUAUUUAAAAGAUGUUUUCAUUCAAAUUCUGCCUUUUGUCAGGAUAAUAACAAAGAGAAUAAUAUACAAGUAAUACAGUGAUUCAGGUUGAAGAUCGAUUCAAGUGAAGAUUGAGAAGAUGGCUAUCAUGGUGAAGAAUCUUUUCCUUCAGAAGAGAAAUGGACGGAUACAUUAUUCAUACCAACCAGGAUCAUGUGUUCCUUUAUGAGUCUGCAGUGACUAGCCAACACGUAUCUCUUUAUGGUACAAGCUCGAGGUAUAAUGUUGAGAGAAAAUGUGAAAACAAUAGGUCAUAUGAUCAGGCUGUACACAAAUAAAAACAGUACGCUCAACGGUACAGAUUAUCCCGAAGGCAAUAAUUCAAGUGAUUAUCUUGUUCAAACAACAACGUAUCUCCCGGAAAACUUCACAUACUCACCAUACCUCCCCUGUCCAGAAAAGCUGCCUUAUAUGCGAGGAUUCCUCAAUGUCAAUGUAAGCGAAGUCAGUUUUGAUGAAAUUCAUCAACUCUUCUCCAAGGAUUUAGAUAUUGAGCCAGGGGGUCAUUGGAGGCCAAAAGACUGUAAACCCAGAUGGAAGGUGGCAGUUCUCAUUCCUUUCCGUAAUCGCCAUGAACAUCUUCCAAUUUUUUUCUUACAUCUGAUUCCAAUGCUCCAGAAACAGCGGCUGGAAUUUGCCUUUUAUGUCAUUGAACAGACUGGCACACAACCUUUUAACCGUGCAAUGCUUUUCAACGUGGGCUUCAAAGAGGCCAUGAAAGACAGUGUCUGGGACUGUGUAAUCUUCCACGAUGUGGAUCAUCUACCUGAAAAUGACCGGAACUAUUACGGAUGUGGAGAAAUGCCACGUCAUUUUGCUGCAAAGCUGGAUAAAUACAUGUAUAUUCUUCCAUAUAAAGAAUUUUUUGGUGGUGUAAGUGGGCUGACAGUGGAACAAUUUAGAAAGAUCAAUGGUUUUCCUAAUGCCUUCUGGGGAUGGGGAGGAGAAGAUGAUGACCUUUGGAACAGAGUUCACUAUGCUGGAUAUAAUGUAACCAGACCAGAGGGAGACUUAGGAAAAUACAAGUCAAUUCCUCAUCACCAUAGAGGUGAAGUCCAGUUUUUAGGACGGUAUAAAUUACUAAGGUAUUCCAAGGAGCGUCAGUACAUCGAUGGAUUGAACAAUUUAAUAUAUAGGCCAAAAAUACUGGUUGAUAGGUUGUAUACAAACAUAUCUGUAAACCUCAUGCCAGAGUUAGCUCCAAUCGAAGACUAUUAAAAGAAGUGGCUGUCGUGGCAAGGUAGACCACAAUGCUGGAUCAUAAACUUGGAGCAUACUCUUAAUGGAGGUCAGUGAUUGGCUGUGUCACAGUGCCCUUUUCUCUGAGAAGAGCCAGCAGUCCACAGUGUUUACAGAGUGGGACUAUAUACAGUCACCCUUCUCUCACCCGUCAUCCCUGCUCUGAGACACACCCCUGUGGCGAGCACCGCAGAAACCGGAAGCCACUACUUAAGAUCGGAAGUUAAGAGAGCUCCCUCCGAAGAGAAAAUUUUUAUACUAAAAUCUAUAAUUUAAUUCAAGAGAAUGCUUUUAUUUCCGUUUAAACAUAUUUUGUAUAUAUGUGAUAUAAAUUAAUGUGUGCAAAUUGUUGAAAAAUUAGAUUGUUGCAGUUUUGCAUGUAAUCGGUUAUACCUUUAUUGGACUUUUAUAGACAUUUUUUAUUUGCAUGAAAAAAAACUCACUAAAUUUACAUCACUAAACAAAGGUUAACCCUUGUGUGAAAUGAAGGAACUGUCAAUAAUUGACAGCCAACUAAUACAGUAAACUGUUAUACUAGUUUUGAGCUUUAGACCUCAGCCUUUUGUGUGGAAGAAGUCACAGCUUUCUUAGGCUUUAAAGGAAAAGAAGAAAGGACUUAAAUAGCUUUUCUUCCUACCGGGAUUACCUAUGUUUUUCCUUGCUUGCAGUCUCAUCUGAUUUUGCUAGAAAUCACAACCAUAUUGUUUAUGCAUAUUGCAUGAGUAUUACCAAGAAAAAUCUUAAAAGUUGUGAUGUGACAUGAUAUAAAGGAUCUCUUUAUGUUAAAUGUCUUUCAUGUACCUCUGGUGUGUCAGGGAUUUUGUGCCUCAAAAAAUGUUUCCAGGGUUGUGUGUUUAUACUCUGUAUUUUUUUUAAAUUCACGGUGAACAGCACUUUUAUUAUUUCCAGUUCAGAAGAGCCAAAAAAAAAAGUAUCUUCAUUUAAAAAGAAAUCAAGUCAGUUUUUUUAAAAGAAUGAUCUAUGGAAGAAAACCCAAUAGUACUUAUACAAAUGAAUUAUACUAUUAGAUAAGAAUUAAAUAUUCUAUUUUUAUGAAGAUAAAUACUUAGUAGAUAAAAACAAAUUUUAAGUUUAGUUCUCAGACAUAGAAUUUCACUUUUGGAGGGGACCCUUGAAUGUUAGUUUCAUUCAAACUGUAUUUUGUUUUUUUCACUUUUAAGAGAUUAUAUCUCUGGUGUUAAUUACUAAAAUUUUCUUUCUAAAAGUAUAAUUUAAUAGAAUUAUCUUAAAAUACAUGAUCAGUUAUUCAGUGUGCUGAUAUUAUAAUGUCUUCUAUAUAUAGUAUCUAAAAGCAUAAUUUAAUAGAAUUAUCUUAAAAUACAUGAUGAGUUAUUUGGUGCACUGAUGCCAUAAUGUCUUCUAUAUCUAAUAUCUUACAUGUUUGCAUGAGUGUCAGGGCUUUGUCCAGUUAUCUUCAUAUGACUGUUCUCUGAAAAAAGGUCUUACUACCUGAUAUCAAGUACAUAUCUUAAUUUUGGAUGAAUUUUUCCACAGUAAAGCCGAACAGUAUUCUUUUUUGAAAAUUAGCAAUUAUAAAGAUUCUUUAAAAUAUCUUGAUAUUUUCACAAAUUUUAAACAAAAAAUUAAAUAUCUAUAAAGUGAAUGUUCAACAACAAUGAUGAGCAAUAGAAAUCUAUAUAUGAGAAACGUUUGGAUAAUAUUUGCCUCAAGGAUUGUUUACCUAAAACAGAACUAUGGUUAUUUAUCUCAGAUUGUAAGUUUUAUUUUGAAGUGUCAUUUUUAUGGCAAUAUUGAUAACACAAAUGACCACAAACUAAAUCAUAAAAUAAUUGAAUCCUUAUACUUUGAGAAAAUGGAUAGCUUCUCUGUUAUGAUACCAAACAAAAUAUUUUCAUAUUUAUUUCUUAGAACUAUUUCCAAAAUAUUUAUAUUUCAGUUUUUUUAUGGUACUCGAUGAAAAAUCAAACCUUCUGAAAAUUAUAUUUGUACUUCAUUUGUGUAUUAGUUCAUUUUCUGUUUCUAUUACAUAGUUUUUAAAGUCAAUGAAAGAGAUUGAGAAUGUUAACAUUUGUUGAUCAAUGUGGAGCUGUCCACAUUCGGUAUCUUUUCAUUUUUAUAUAUAUUUUACAGUUUCAAGAAAACUUAGUACUACUAGUAUCUGCCUUAUUUUCUUAAGUCUGAUGUUAAUUUUUGUUUCAGGAGUGAGAUAUAAACAUUUUGCUUUUUUUUCAGUUUUGAAUAUGGUUUGUCAUCCUGUGAAAACCACCUAGUUUGCUUUUUGUUUGUUUGUUUUGCUUUUUUAGUGUAGACCUAAAAUUAUUUUUGCCUAUAAACAGUGACCUUAAUAUGUUUCUGUAAGUGACAGAGCUGUGCCCGUUUAUCUUCAUUGUAUUAAUUAUUACAUAAAGAUUAACAAAUACAUUGCAAAUGCAAAUUAUCUUCUUUAUAGGAUGUUUGGAGGAUUUAUUAAUGAGCAUAUAUUGAUUGCCUAUUCCAUAUCCAGUGCAAUGCUAGGUAUGUCUAUGGAAGGAGUAUUAUUACUUCAUUUCUAAACAAAUGAAGUCAAGCAAAUUGAGAUCUUUCUGAAAUUAUGAAGACAUCUUCUGAUAACUUAUCUGUUGUAUUUCCUAGUCUCAAAGUCAAGAAACCGGUAUAUGUGGACCUAGGGCUAAUAGGAGGUCCCUAUGGCACUAACUGGGAAAAUUACGUGGUGCUUUUCAACUACAGAAAGAAGUAAUGACUAAUGGGCCUGUCUGUAGAGAAGAAAAGGAGAAGAGUACACAUUUGCUGGAACUAUAUAUAAUUCACAGUGGAGAUAGUUAAUUCUUUGCCAAAACUAGGGUUUUAUGAGUAUUUUUAAAAUCUACAUUUAAGUUUUUGUUUUUGUGAACAGUUAUUCAGUAAGAAAACUUUAUAAUAUUAAGUAGAUACAGUUAUGUAUUAAAAAUUUCCUUAUAUACCCUUUUGCCAGCCAAGAUACUGAUAUUUUAAAACAAAAUGGAAAAAUGUCCAAUACAAUAUUCGCUUUCUGGAGGCUUCCUACAAGUGAAAGCAGAUUUUGUCAUUUUAUUUGGCCUUUGCUUGUCUUUGAUAUAUUUCUUUAUGUGUUUUUCAAACAAAUACUAUUGUAGAUUUAUUGUCUUGUAUUUGCAAGUAUGCCGGUUGAGAGAACUAAAAUGGUUAUAGUAUUGUUUAUCAGGAAGAGGAAGUGUACCUAAGAUUAUUUUAUUUAUUUAGAUGAAAGGCUUCUACAUAAAUGCACUGAAAUAAAUGCUAGUAAUUUCUUGUAUCCCACUUUUCUUCUUUUUUUGCUUCUCAUGGAAAUGUUUGUACUUUUUUAUCAUUGUCUUUUAUGAAAUAUAAUGUUCUAAAGA